AUGACUUUCGUGGAAUCCCCUCAAUUACCUCAAUUCCAAACAGCUGUCGUGGCUCAAGGCCCCGGCAAGCUCGGUAUUCAAUAUAAUGUGCCUAUUCCCACUCUAACCCCCGACAUGACACUGGUGAAGACAGCCGCCGUGGCCAUCAAUCCAGCCGACGCCAAGAUGUUGGACUACUCUGCUGCCCCAGGGGCCAUUCAUGGCUACGAUUUUGCCGGAACUGUCGUUGCGUUGGAACUGUCGUUGCGUUGGGGGAAAACGCCCGGGCUGGACUAG